GGUGCUACAGAGAUGUGCUGCCGUUCAUUGAAACUGAGUGGAUGUCGUGUCAUCCCUUCUUGAUUGCUUGAUUUUCACCUCGGAUGUCUGAGGAGUUGAUCGGGAUUAGGGAGGGAAUUGCUUUGUUUAAUCUAGCGGCAUGCUACUCGAAACACGGCAAACUCUUCUAAUCCAUCUGGGUGAUCGGCUAAUCCUGGAGCUUUCUCAAGUGUUCUAGCUUUGCAAAAUACUGGCAUAACAAAGUAAGCAUCCAAUGUGUGAUUGACUGGCCCCCUCUUUGACCCAGUGUCAUAGCAACCUGCAUAGAACUUGCUGACACCCACCAACUGAUUUGGAGGAUAAGGUGGUGGAGGCGGAGUUACUGGCUUUUAUAGGGGAGAAGUGGGCAGCUUGAACAUGGGGCAGAAAGUUCCAGGAGGGAUUAAGACCGUCGAUAUGAGGGACCCGGCUUUCAGACCGCUCAAGCUUGAGCUGCAGGCUCUCGACUACACCAAGCCUGCACGAUUGGACAUGCUUUUAGACAUGCCGCCUGUUCCUCACUCGGUGCAGCUGCUGCACUCGUGGAACAAUGACGAUCGCUCCUUAAACAUCUUUGUAAAAGAGGAAAACCCGUUAAUAUUUCACCGGCAUCCGGUGGCGCAGAGCACAGAUGGGAUCAGAGGUAAAGUAGGAUACACCAGAGGACUUCACGUGUGGGAGAUCUGCUGGGCAAUGCGACAGAGAGGCACGCAUGCGGUAGUGGGAGUUGCAACGUCGGAAGCUCCUUUGCAUUCGGUAGGAUACACGGCACUAGUCGGGAAUAACCACGAAUCCUGGGGCUGGGAUCUCGGGAGGAACAAACUGUGCCACGACGGCAAGAAUCAACCGUGUAAAACGUACCCAGCUUUCCUGGAACCUGACGAGACCUUCAUUGUACCAGAUUCCUUGUUGGUGGUGUUGGACAUGGACGAGGGGACGCUCAGUUUUAUUGUGGAUGGACAGUAUUUAGGAGUUGCUUUUGCGGGACUGAAGGGUAAAAAACUCCACCCUGUAGUAAGUGCUGUCUGGGGUCACUGUGAAAUCCGAAUUCGCUACAUAAAUGGACUUGAUCCUGAACCUCUGCCACUGCUGGACCUCUCUCGUCGUUCGGUGCGGGUCGCCCUGGGGAAGGAACGCUUGAAUGAAAUCCAUGCACUCCCCUUGCCAGCGUCCCUUAAGAACUAUCUACUCUACCAAUGAUUGGAGUGCCUGUGGUAGAACCAGCUGGGCUGUGCGGGAGACGGGCACCAGAAGCCGCUGUCCCUCUAUGGUUUGCUUGUCGUCUUUUAACCAGGUCCUUGGUGACUUCCCACCUCUUCAGCCUAUUUAUUUGCUCAAUGGACAUUCGUUGCCACAAACGCCACUCGAACUGCUACUUUUCCUUGUCGUCUUGUAUUUUAGUUCUUAUUGUGGCUUGCUCAAACGUGGAUCUUUUUUUUUUAAACAAAUUUGGGCUUGACAGUUAACUGCUGUGGAGCUUGAAAACAGAACGAUGAUGGCAUCCAUGUCUGUUUGUAACUGAGAAAUGGCUUGCUAAGAUUCCAGUUUUGGGGGUGGGGGGUACAUUUUAUCACCUUUUUAAAUAGGGCUAGUUUUAUUUGUGGGGUGUCAUUUUCUCAAUCCAGCGAGAAACCAGGUGGACAGUUGGCAGUGUUUUUGUGGAUUCCUGUCAAUGAGUAGUUGGUUAGCGUCUAUCAAUAUGGUUUUGCUAUUUUAAGGGUCGAUGCAUUCUCGAAUGGUAGGGAUGCCUCCCUGUUUUUUUUUUUUUUAAAACCAGGUACUUUAGCCGAUUAGAGCUUUUAGAAAGCCUACUUGUCCUGCAAAUUUAACUUUUCGAACACAUGCUCUAGUUCCAGAAAGUUUUUUCCAGGUAGUUCUGCUUAUUGUUUUGUGUUGCGUGGAACUCCAAAAAUAGUUGAGGAAUUUCUUCCAGGUUGUAUGAAACUCCCAGUCUGACUAAUUCUAGGGGCAUGAACACCAAUGGAAAGACUGGAAAAGGAGCUACUCAAAAUGAAUAUUGUUUUGCUCAUUGGGUCACCCACAGCGCCAUGUUGGCUCUUGCAAUAUGCAAGCUCUACUUGAGGCAGGGCAUUGUAUUGACGAGUUUAAAGAAGUCGCAUUCAGGGAGUUGAUGCCUCGGAAGUAGUCCCAUGAUUCAGGUAUUCUGCAGGGCUCUGCAAUGCUCAACUUUGUAUUGGAAUACAAGGUGUUUUUAUUUCCUUAUGGUGCCUGUGUGGUAGACACUACAACUAAGACGUCAAUCAAGAAUCCUCCUGCCCUGUCUUAAUUUUAAAAAUGAAUCCAGCACACUUGGAUGUUCUGGCAUGACACUUAAACAAAUGAAAAGGAGUUUGCUAUUGAUUUUUUGUUUUUAACUGUGCCUGUAAAGAAGUGCAAGGUUUUUAAUUUUGGCACAAAGGAUUUAAGUUUUAUAUAUGUCCAGCUGCUGCAGAGUGAGACUGACCCUUUCUGCAAGGGUCCAGAAUGGUUCAGCGACAAGAAAUUUGAUUCUUGGGUCCAAAAAACAAACUUAUUACUGUCCUGCAGACCUUUUUAAUUAACUGUCCCAGGGAACAGGUGAUUAAGUUGCACACAUGAUCUUUGUAUGUAUCUUUUGUUGUAUUGUCACCACUGUGAAUCCUCCAUGUUUGUCCGGUUGUGACGCUUGUACACAGUCCUGAUUUUCUGGGUCUUUAAUCUGUGUUACUCAUUUUCCAGGCCUGUACAGUUGGAUCUUUUAAUUUCCUUUUUAUUAUAUGCUGUAGAUAAUGUUUGUAACUACCUAAUAAAGUUUAUUAAGUUAA